CCCUCUCCAGCCCAGCAUUGUUUUCAGAGACAAAGGGCAGGUCUACACUACCACCAGAUCGGCAGGUAGUGCUCUUCUAAUCAACUCGAGUACUCCACUGCCUCAAGGGGGAAAUGCGGAGUCGAUGGAUUAGCAGCAGCAGGCGGAUGCUGCAGCUGCAGAAUGACGUCCACGUUUUGCUCUAGCUCAUCCCAUCCUCCCAUGGGACAUAGCAGAGAAAUGGCUGCAGUGGAGCCAGCUCAGAGGCCGGUGAUCUUCAAGACGGUGGCUGUGUAUUUCACCAGGGAAGAGGGGGCUCUGCUGGACCCCACUCAGAGAGCUCUGUACAGAGAUAUCAUGCAGAACUGUGAGAAUGUGACCUCACAGGGGUUUCCAGUUUCUCAACCUGAUGUGAUCUCCCAGCUGGAACAAGGGGAAGAGUCAUGGGUCCCAGACCUCCAGGGUUCAGAGGAAAGAGAGAUGCUGAGAGCUCCCUACAUAGGUGAAGAAACAUUAAACCAACUCAGAAUCUCAGGUGACGCAAUGGUAUGUGAGAAAGAGGAGCAGAAUUCUCAGCAGGAAAAUAUUGAGCAAGUGAAUAAACACAGAGAAUUAUUGCAAAGAUCAAAAAGAAAUGUGUCAAAGAGUCAUGAGCAGGGAAAAUCAAGCAAGACUCAGCCUACACCAGAAAGAGAGCAGGGAAACCAGCCAGGAGAGAAAAUGGGUAAAUUUAUUUCCUGUCAGGGAACCACAACACAGCAGGAAAUCAUCAUAGGAAAGAGGGAAAGUACAUGCAGUGAGUGUUGGAAAAACUUCACUCGAAGAUCAACCCGUUCUGUUCAUCAGAGAAUCCACACAGGGGAGCGGCCCUAUAAAUGCCAUGAAUGUGGAAAAUGCUUCACUAAGAGCUCAGCCCUUUCUGCACAUCAGAGAAUCCACAUGGGGAAGAUGCCCUUUGAAUGCCAUGAGUGUGGGAAAACCUUCAGUCGCAGCUCACAUCUUAUUCGGCAUCAGAGAUUCCACACAGGGGAGAGCCCCUUUGAAUGCAGUGAGUGUGGGAACACCUUCACUCACAGAUCAGGCCUUUCUCAACAUCAGAGAAUCCACACAGGGGAGAGGCCCUAUGAAUGCAGUGAGUGUGGGAAAACCUUCAGUCAACACACAAACCUUGUUAGUCAUAAGAGAACCCACACAGGGGAGAGGCCCUAUGCAUGCAGUGAGUGUGGGAAAACCUUCAGUCGACGCUCAAACCUUGUUAGUCAUCAGAGAACCCAUACAGGGCAGAGGCCCUAUGAAUGCAGUGAGUGUGGGAAAACCUUCAAUGUACGCUCAAACCUUGUUAGUCAUCAGAGAAUCCACACAGGGGAAAGGCCCUAUGAAUGCAGUGAUUGUGGAAAAUACUUCAUUAGCAGCUCAUCCCUUUCUGAACAUCAGAGAAUCCACAGAGCGGAGAGGCCCUAUGAAUGCAGUGAGUGUGGGAAAAACUUCACUUACAGAUCAGGCCUUGCUCAACAUCAGAGAAUCCACACAGGGGAGAGGCCCUAUGAAUGCACUGAGUGUGGGAAAACCUUCUCUUGCCACUCAGCCCAUGUUAGGCAUCAGAGAAUCUGCAAGAGAGAUCAACACCAUAAAAGCCUCUAGGUCUAUUAAGACUUCUUUUUUUUGUUAAUACUUUGUCUGAUUCCCACACAGUAACUCUUGAAGCUGUUUGAACUGUUUGCAGCACCGUCAUCCCUCAACUUGUCCGGAUGAGUGGCCCAUUUUGGCCUUUUGUAGGUCGCCCUGUUUCAAGGUGGACCCAUUCGUCCUUUCUAUCAACUCCAUUGUCCCA